AAAUGCCGCAUAGGAGACCCCCCUUAAAGUGCGGUCCUGUGAAUGACGUUUCCUUUUUGGUCACGACUUCUGAAUUACCCUGUAUUUGAAAAGUCCCCACAGAAAUCAUGAUCGUUGGGCCACCCUGUACGUAUCUAUACACACCUCUCUCGUGAAAUGAAUUUGACCGUAUACAAGAGAGAUCGACGUGUUAUCCUGAGACACCGUGUAUAAAUUCUACGAUUAGAUAGCGACGUAACACCAUAGGCUUGAUGAUAAAAAAUUACUCGGCUGAUUAGCGCGAGAUAAAACGACUUCAAUUCGUAGCAUUGAUCUCGACAUCUGAAUAAUAGAAGCUUAAAACUGUAGACUGCGCUGAAUGUAUUAUAAACAAUAAAGGGAAUUAUCUUAUCAACGACAAAGCAUUGCUUUUAUGAAGUAGAUAGUGUUGCAUUAUUAUCCAACUUGCACCGCGUUAGCGUAAUCGUAUCCUAAGAUUGCAUUUGCUUGAACGUUUCUGAAGAUGCUCAAGUGCCAAGAAGUAAACGUGACCGUUCGCAAAGCCAAACGUGAUGAUAUGGUACAAGUGUACAAACUUAUAAAGGCUUUGGCCGAAUACGAAAAAUUGGAGCAUCAAGUAGAGAUCAACGAUACGAUAUUGCAAAGGGAUGGUUUCGAUGCGGACAGCCCGGCAUUUACGUGUAUUGUGGCAGAAUUGUCAGACGGACACAUAGCCGGUUACGCAUUGUACUAUUAUUCUUACUCUACGUGGGUUGGGAAGUCGAUAUUACUUGAAGAUUUGUAUGUCCAACCUGCUUAUAGAUGCAACGGAAUCGGUACACAACUAUUCAUGGCAAUUGCAAAAAUAGCUCAUGAGGCGAAGAUAAAAAGACUGGACUUUCACGUGUUAUCAUGGAACCCGGCUGUGGAUUUCUACAAAAGGAUGGGCGCUGUAAAUUUAACACAGUCUGAAAAAUGGACUUUAUUCAGGAUGGAUCAUGAUUGUCUGAAUAAACUGUUUUCCUGAUACAAUGCUAACCCGGAUUAAUUAAAGAUAUUGGAAACGAGUAUAGCUCCACAUUGGAAGAUUUCUCCUUUCUGUAUUUCACGAGAUAAUUCAUAUUAUUCACAUUUAGGAUACAUAUGGAAGACAACUAGGAAACAUUCGAUCAAAAAAUGUGAAGGUUGUGGUAUAUGUUUUUGUGUUGCAUCAUUUCAAAAGUUCAAUCCAUUGUAACCAUUUUUUAAAUAUCAUAUAGGAUUUGAUAUUACAAUGUUCUUUUUAUAGGUCUAAAUCAAAAUAUCCUUGUAUUAAAAACUGUACUAUUUUAACAAUAAAUAUGGUAUAUUAUUAGUGCUUUA